UGGCUGAGCGACGCUAACGUUUAAAUCAUAGACUGUAUGUUAUUAAUAUUAACAGUUUGUGGUUUAAAUCCAGCAUUUUUACACUAGCUAGCUACAGCAGUCCGAGGCAGUGGCUAAAAUAGUAGUCUGAAAAUGUUGGAUUAAAACGUUUGUCUCGCCCCGGGAAAACAUUUUAUCCACCCGGACAUUCAGGAAACCUCCGUCAGACGACCAAAAUGCAACUGAAGAUACAACCCGCAGCUGGAUAACAGUUGCCGGGCUGCUGAUGAAAGUUGAUGUAGCAAAUCAGCUAGAUAUUCAACCCGACGUUUCGACGGUACAAAAACUGACUGGCAUGGUAUCAUGGAGAGAGACAAUCAUCAAGAAGGAGAGGCACAGGGAGUAAAGAUUGGUGAUCCACCUUGUGAAAGGAAUCCACCUGCUGAAACUUUGGCAACUUCUCUUUCCCUAUUGGGGAAUCACCUGUUUCCGGCUCCAGUGGAGCGUAAGGACAGUAACGCUACCACUGUUAACAAAGAGGAUUCUGCGGAUUCACUCCUGUCAGAUGUUAUUGCAGAGGAGAAAAGUCUGGAUGAAGAGCCCCAUUCUGACCAGGUAACAAAGCUACAGCUUGAGGAGACAGACAACUCUGAGUGUCAGAACAAUGUGUCCACCCAGCCGUCUGACCAAGGAAGCGAGGAUGCUGACAGUGGCCGGAGCGACUCGGGGGAGUUUGUUGUUACAAUGUUGGCCAAGGCCAAGCUGGAGGAGCAGGGAAUAGGUAUGAAGGGAAGAUCAUCUCCCUUGUUGGAGCCAGGCACCCAGGAAUAUCCUGCUUUUAUGUCUCAUCGUGAUGAGGAUGUGACAGCUGACAGCUGGCGGCAGCACAGGAAGCAUGUUUUUGUGCUGAGUGAAGCAGGUAAACCCAUCUAUUCCCGAUACGGCAGUGAAGAGGCUCUUUCAUCUACAAUGGGAGUCAUGAUGGCGCUGGUUUCCUUUGUUCAAAGUGGAGAUAAUAUCAUCCGCUCUGUCUAUUCAGAGGAGCACACCGUGGUGUUCUUACAGAAAGGACCCCUAGUGCUGGUGUGUGUCUCUAGCAGUCGGCAGACUGAGCAGCAGCUGUGUGGAGAGCUCCUCUAUGUGUACUAUCAGAUCAUCAGCAUGCUCACCCAGGCCAGCAUAUCUCGCAUCUUUGAACACAAGAAAAACUACGACCUGAGGAGACUCCUGGCUGGCUCAGAAAAGAUCCUGGAUGGUCUUCUCGACCUGGUGGAUUCUGACCCCAGCUUCCUGCUUGCAGCAGUACACUGCUUACCCUUAGCCUCCUCUCUCAGGGACUCUCUCAGCCAGAUCCUGCAGAAAGCGAUCACCCCCAAUCUGGUUUUCUCCAUCCUCAUUGCCAAGAACCAGCUGCUCACCAUCGUCCAAGAAAAGACAGUCAUCGAGGACACCAGGCUGGAGCCCGCUGACAUUCAUCUCCUGCUCAACCUCAUCGGGGCCUCCUCUGCCUUUCAGGCUGGGGAGAUCUGGACUCCCAUCUGCCUUCCCCUCUUUAAUCCUGACUGUUACUUUUAUGCAUACAUUUCUUACCUGGACCCUCCAGAAUGCACUGUUUGCUUGCUGCUGCUCUCAACAGACAAGGAGGCUUUCUACGCUGUAGCUGAGUGCAAAAGGAAGAUAGAGGAGGCCAUGACGGCUCAGAACUCCCUGAGCCUCAUUAACAAAGUCCAGUCGUACAGCGUGAGCCAGGUGGGCGUCUCAGACCUCAGACACUUCAUGUACAAGCCCUUUGAUGUGCCAGACAACUACCGUCAGCUCACUCAGUUCACCAGCCCAGAGAUGGAGGCCCCGUACAGCAGUGAAGAGGAGAAAAUGAGACUGUUGGACCUUUAUCGUUACAUGCACAGCCGCAUCCACAGCACUUCACGACCCCUCAAGCUCAUCUACCACGUCGCUGAGAGGGAAACUCUGCUAGCCUGGGUCACAAGUAAAUUUGAGCUGUACACCUGCUUCAGUCCCCUGGUGACAAAGGCCUGUGCUAUUACUGCUAUCACUAAGCUUCUAAGGUGGAUUAAAAAGGAGGAGGACCGUCUUUUCAUCAGAUACCCCCCAAAGUAUUCAACCACACCAAACCCCAGCAAGAGCUCUCGAGGUGGGAAAUCUGACCAGCAAGACUCCACAGAUAACGGCGUCUUAUCUCUUCUAUAGGACUGACUCUCUCAGUGCUACAAUAGUUGCUCCGCCUCAUUCAACAAUAGUUUGUACACUGGUUCCGAGAUAUGUUUAGAACCCUUUUGACACUUGUUGGAAUGACAUUGACUACUGGAAUUAAACACUACAAAAGUUUUACAGUAUUUAAGGAGGAAUGGACGUUUUUAAACUGUUAUUAUUUCUUUACCUAACAAGAAAGCAUGUCAUUACAUCACUGCUUUUGAUUAGAAACAGUCAGGGCAAAACAGCAUUAAUACGUUUUAAAUUGAACAGUGGUAGAAAAUAAUUGCAAUGGUAUUUAAAUGUUUUUAUGUUUCAUUACUGCAACAAGAGAGAAAAUUUCAUCACGGACAAUGAAUGUAUCCCACAAAUGACAUAUGCUAUAACUUUUUCAUCGCAGUAAGUUAAUGAGUUAAAUGAAUUCAAGCUACCUUUUUCAGACUAGUUCUUAGAUAUAGAUUUGUUGUAUGAUUCAAAAAAAGAUCUCAAUGUCACAAAACAGGAUAUGCAAGUAUAUUUAGUUUUUGGGUUCAACGUAAACUGGAAUAACUGAAACUGCCAGAACAGGGACGGGCUAACAUGUGUCACACACGGUCAAUAACUGGCAAAUUUCCCUCUAUGGAUUUGGUUACAUAUCCCUGUGACAGAACUUGAAAACAUUGUUGUAUAUCUCACUAAUGUUUCUAUUUAUCAGGUUUCAAGUAUGUUACAUUUUGUGCAGAAAAAAAGUAGGAAAUCCCAGCCUGUUACACACUUCACUUGAUCAUUGUCAUUGUUUUCAUUGUGGUCAAGUAAGGCCAAGAAGACGCCACUGGGCACACGCAGUGUUUUUCUGCAGAUACUUCUAGUACUUUAUCAGUCAACACUUAAUGUAGUGACUUCAGGCGACUUAUCUUUUUGGAUAAUAGUUUUGUAAAGAUGUUCUAUAACACUAGCCUCAUCCUUGUGUCCUUUGAGGAAUUUACUGUCAAUUCAAGUCUUAAGAGUAUGCCUAUAGUAUUAUAAAAUAAAUCCCAGUUUGCACAA